AUGGUCCUCUUCAGCCUGAACGCUGGCCUCGCGGUCAGCCUUCUGGGCGCUUUGUCGUCGUACCCGUCCGGGGCGAUCUCAGCAGCUCUCCCUCAAGGGGAAAGCUCGCCGUUCGAGUCCGACAGUGCCAACAACACCUGGUACCAUCUACAGUCGUUCGGAGUUAACCAAAAAUACCACAAGAGCACGCCCAGCUUCGUUUCGUUCACCGGCAACGACGGCUAUCUCACCGAGUCAAAGUCCGACGCCGCCCGCUUCUGGAUAUGGGGAGGACAACUCGGGGUGGACGACAAAUUUGUGCAUCUGGACUUCAGCAACGGGUAUGCGGUGGUCAAGCUCGACGAGCGUCCCAGCGAGGAGGACUACGGCUUCUUCCACGGUGAGGACGGCUGGCUUCACGUCCAGGGUGGAGGCAUCUCCUACGGCGAGGGCAGCCAAGCGGUCUUUUGCCAGAGUGACGAUGGAUCAAUCUUCCUGCAGGGCCAUGGAAAGCCCCCCUUUGCUUGUCAAGACAUUGGUUUGGCACCAAGGCAGCGAGCUGGUCCCGCACCCAGGUCACUACCACCACGUCCAGGCAAAGCCGGUGCUCAACGUUCGCCUUCUCCGAUCCCAACAGCAACCUCAACUGUUGUGCCUCGAAGUGUACCUGAAUGGUGGAAACGUCAAGUAGGUGGUGGCCGCGGAGGUGGCGGCGGUGGUCGCGGCGGCGGUGGUGGUGGUCGUGGCGGCGGCGGUGGUGGUCGCGGUGGCGGCGGUGGUGGCUGA